UAAAUAUUAAAAUUUUAAAAAUCCAACCAUCAGUUAUUUAAACUUCAAAUGUGCAACUACUCGGAAUGAGAACCUUCCGAUAUAUACUUCAAGCUUGUUUUAUCGAUUACAAAAAAUGUCCACAACAAGCGAUCAGACAAUUGUGGAAACUCAGGACUCUAUAGGCAAUGCACACCUCGACAGGAUCUGUGGCAUAAUCGGGGCAGGAUAUUGCAUUAUGAUAAUUAUGCGUGGCCCACCAGGCAGCGGAAAGUCCACACUGGCAGCCCUGCUGCUCAGAGAGGCGCAGCUCCUGGAAAACCACGAAUGCAGCGAUUUCGUGUGCAGCACCGACGAUUUCUUCAACACACCCGACGGCUAUCGAUUCGAUAGCACAAAACUGCCCGCUGCGCAUGAGUGGAAUCGACAGCGAGUUAUUCAGAAAGCCACUGAUUGCUGGAGUCCCAUCAUUGUGGACAACACGAAUAUUAUGAUCUGGGAGAUGCUGCCCUACGUGCAGAUAGCAGUCGAUUAUGGCUAUAUUGUGGAGCUGCUGGAACCGGAAACCAGUUGGUGCAGAUCGGCGGACAAACUGGCGCAGAUGAAUAUACAUCGGGUGUCUGUGCAGACAAUAGAGCGAAUGCUUUUCCGAUACGAGCCAGCAAGCGUGGCAGAAUUGUUCGGCCUACUGAAGAAUAUGAAGUGUUUGCUGCCUUUACCCCAGCUGCGUCGCCAUCCCCCCUUAUAUGGAACCACACCAGAUCCACCGUCAUCGAAGCUCAAUUCCAAUGCCCCUAGCUUUGUACCCCACAACAAGGGGGUUCAGUUGUCGAACCCGUACGCCAAUACCGAACACAAAAUUAUUGCAGAGCAGGAGGAGGGCCUAGAACUUAAUGCUUCUGUAAGGGUUCCCGAAGUCGAGAACAAAGAACCACACUUGCAGAGUGACGCAGUCGAAGCUGAGAAUUAUAUUGAAGCGAAUAACUCUAUAGAUAGAAACCUGGACCAGACGUUAGUCAGAGAGCUGUGCCACGGUUUGAAAUGGGAAAGGGUGCUGCAUGAGUUGUGGUCUGCUCCAGAUAUUUUGUCUUUAUUCUGUGUCAUCGGUGGAUCUGUUUUUAUAGCAUUUAAAACCUUGAAGUAUUUCGCAAAAAAACAUUAGCUGUAAGCAUUUCAGAAGUAAAAAUUAUUGUCUAGAAUAAAAUUUGAAAAUUUCAGAAUUGUAAUUAUA